UGUUUUCACAGAUACCAUGUUUGUGUGGCAGUGCCCCGUGUUUGCUGUGCCGAUGCUGUCCCAGUGGAAACAACUCCACUGUGACAAGGUUGAUCUAUGCACUGUUCUUGCUCGUUGGAGUGUGUGUAGCUUGUGUAAUGUUAGUACCAGGAAUGGAAGAACAACUGAACAAGAUUCCUGGAUUUUGUGAGAAUGAGAAAGGUGUCGUCCCUUGUAGUAUUCUGGUUGGCUACAAAGCUGUGUACCGUUUGUGCUUUGGCUUGGCCAUGUUCUAUCUUCUCCUUUCUCUAUUGAUGAUCAAAGUGAAGAGCAGCAGUGAUCCUAGAGCUGCCGUGCACAAUGGAUUCUGGUUCUUUAAAUUUGCUGUAGCAAUUGCAAUUAUUAUUGGGGCUUUCUUUAUUCCAGAAGGAACUUUUACAACUGUGUGGUUUUAUGUGGGCAUGGCAGGUGCCUUUUGCUUCAUCCUCAUACAGCUGGUCUUACUUAUUGAUUUUGCCCAUUCAUGGAAUGAAUCAUGGGUUGAAAAAAUGGAAGAAGGGAACUCAAAAUGUUGGUAUGCAGCUUUGUUAUCAGCCACAGCUCUGAAUUACCUGCUGUCUUUAGUUGCUAUCGCCCUAUUCUUUGUUUACUAUACUCAUCCAGCCAGUUGUUCAGAAAAUAAAGCCUUCAUCAGUGUCAACAUGCUCCUCUGCCUUGGUGCUUCUGUACUGUCUAUACUGCCAAAAAUCCAAGAAUCACAACCAAGAUCUGGUUUGUUACAAUCUUCAGUAAUUACAAUCUACACAAUGUAUUUGACAUGGUCUGCUAUGACCAAUGAACCAGAAACAAAUUGCAACCCAAGCCUGCUAAGCAUAAUUGGGUACAAUACAACAAGCACUGUCCCAAAGGAGGGACAGUCUGUCCAGUGGUGGCAUGCUCAAGGCAUUAUAGGACUAAUCCUCUUUUUACUGUGUGUGUUUUAUUCGAGUAUCCGUACUUCGAACAAUAGUCAGGUUAAUAAACUGACUCUAACAAGUGAUGAAUCAACAUUAAUAGAAGAUGGUGGAGCCAGAAGUGAUGGAUCAUUGGAGGAUGGAGACGACGUUCACCGGGCUGUAGAUAAUGAAAGGGAUGGUGUCACUUACAGUUACUCGUUCUUUCACUUCAUGCUUUUCUUGGCUUCCCUUUAUAUCAUGAUGACCCUUACCAACUGGUACAGGUAUGAGCCUUCUCGUGAGAUGAAAAGUCAGUGGACGGCUGUCUGGGUGAAAAUCUCUUCUAGUUGGAUUGGCCUUGUACUGUAUGUUUGGACGCUGGUGGCACCGCUUGUUCUUACAAAUCGUGAUUUUGACUGAACGGGACUUCUGGCAUGAAAGUCUCACUUUGAUCAUUGCUUAUUUGAAAUUAGCAGUAUUUACAACUUUUGUAAAGUUGUGUAUGCGUGUGCUUCCCAUGAAACUUCUCAGUGUUCUAGCAUGAAUUAGAUUUUACCGCUUGCCAUUUUAUUCAUUAUAUUCUUGCGCAUUGAUGUGUGUGUUAGAGUGAAUCACAAAGGUUUUAUGUGUAUGGUGGUAAGUUAGGAAAAGUGGACAUUGUUAGGUAUACCCAGUGCUCUGUACCUUUGAAAACCAUAGUGAAAAACAAAACUGUAUGGCAAUUUGAUUUUUAAAUUGUGUUAGAACCUAAGCUGUCUUAGGAAGUAUAAAA